UUGAAUAAAACACCUAAAGAAUGUAAAAAUAAAUGGCGUAAUUUACGUGACAAUUAUAGAAAAAAUCAGAAUAAGAAGAAAACCGGUAGUGCUGCUUCUGUUUCAAAAUAUGACGACGAAAGAUUAAAAUUCAUAAAUGACAGUUUUGAAGAAAGAGGCUGUAUUUCUAGUUUAAAUGAGAAAUGUCCAGUACCAUCAAGUUCUUCAAUGCAGAUGUCAUCGUUUAAAUCUUGUUUACAACAACCAUCGCAAGAAGGAAAUUCAGUCACACCAAACCAAACUCAUGGUACAUCACAAGUAAAAAAUAAGAAAAGAGACAGCAUUGUCAAAAAGUUUAGAAAAAAUAGAGAAGAAAGAACAAAGAUGUUGAGACAAAUUUCGGAACAAGGAAAUACUCCAGUACACACAUUCUUUAGGAGUAUGGCCGACGUGGUAUGCAAAUUCCCUCCAGACAAAAUCGCCCAAAUCAGAACACAAGUUUGUAACAUCGUUACUGAAAUGGAAUUAUCGAUCUUGGCGCAAAGAGACACACCAACCCCAUAA